AUGUGCACCCAUCUCGUGGCCGUCUGGAAGCGACUUUGCGAUGGAGGCGAAGAGUACAGCGCCGAGUUCCUCGAUCACUUGGCUGGCUACUUGCUCAACACCGGCCUGAUUGACUACAUUCUGGGCGCAAGUUGCCAUCAGAGAUCAUCGUCGAAAGCGCCAACAUUGUCGGCUUCUUGGUGGUGGCGCGCAUACCGCUCAGAGCACACCGACCGUGUGUGGCACGGCAUCACCUCGAGCCAAGACCCGCGUGUGGUAGACGCCUUGACGCGUAUGAUGACCAACAUUACCAACUUAUUCGACUACGCUGGCUUGCUGCAUCUCUGCAACAAGUUUCAGCCUUUGCCUGUGGAGGAUUCUCACCUUCGAUACGCCUUUUAUUGGACAAUGUCUUGGCUCUGCCUGCGCCUCCUCAGAGUCGUCUCGAUACGACAUGCGACCGAGGGUCAGAUGCAGGUCCUCACGGAGCAACAUGACCUGGCCAAGCUCAUUGUGGAGGAGCUGGAGCACGCAGGAAUGCCGGACGAUCGGCCGGCGUGUUUCCGGUUCUCUCUGCCGGCGGCGAUUGACAACGACCUCGGCACAAAGCUUUGGAAUAUUCUUGUCGGGCCACAGUCAACCUGUGCAGAGGAUCGAAAGGCCGGCUGGUACGUUAUUCUGAGCGUGGCCAGGAAGGCGACUCUGCAGAAUGCGUUCCUUCGGACGUGCUUUUCGGAGCAUUUGCCGAGGCUGCCGGCCGGCUAUUUCUGUGAAGGGAUGCUCGAGUUCGUCAGGGCGAGUCCGUUUGCUCUUGGAGAGAACCCGCGCGACUUUGUCCUCGACGAUGAGGCAAUAGUUGCGCGGUAUGGCAUUGAACACCUGUGGAGAAUCAUGCUUGAAGCUCAAGACUCUGGUCUCGUCGCACAGGCCAUCUCUAUCUGGCCGUCGACGUCUAUCUGGAAAGCAAAGCCAUCAUGUCGUAUCCCUCCACCGGACACGGCAAUCAAGCCAAAAUUUGCUGUGGCCGACCUCCGAUCCUUCAUGUCCGAGACGCCCCAGCAGAUUGAGGGUGACUCGGCCCGCCUCAGAUAUCAGUCGUUUGACGGCGACGAGCAAACAGACAUUAUGCCGUUGAGCAUUGGCAAGCUGAAUACGGUGUCGUCUCUGCUCGCAAGCCUUAGGCAGGAGACGGGCUUCGACAAUUACCGCGUGUAUUAUCAGGCCACCAACUGCUUUUGGUAG